AUGCGUAAUAACAUAAGUACCACCUUAGAUCACGCGUCAGAUCUGCUGUUUUUUUUUUUUUUAGCUUGUUUGUUUUUCAGCAGAAGUACCGAGUGCGUGUCAGACGAACAGCUGAAAUAGACUUUGAUUUCUAAGUGACAAGAGAAUUGUGUUUGGAGCUCGUUGGCGCAUUACGUGGGGUGUGUAGGUUGGAAAGGGUAGAAGACUAACAGGUAAAACAACAAAUACAAAUACAGCACAACUCUGCAGUCAUGCAUUAGGUUUAAUCCGUAUCCAGGAAGUGGCACUUCCGUGCUCCAGAAGACAGUGCGCCUCUCCUUCAGCCGGUGCGUAAAGUGUGCGUCGGGUUUGUUAUGCGCGUUUGCACCCGAACAACCGCACGAGAACGCAGCACAAACAAAGCGCGUGAAACCUGUACGCUUUUACACCGUACCUCGACUUUGACACGAACGAGUGCGUGAAAAUGUGACGUCUGAACUAAGCAUGGAAUAUUACUGGAACGACGCGAGCAUGACAUGGUUAUGGUUAUGACAUGCUUUGGAGGUUGGAAUCAGAGCACAGGGUCAGCCAUGAUACAGCACACCUGGACAAGAGAGAGUUAAGGGCCUUGCUUAAGGGCCCAACGGUGGGAUCUUGGUGGUGCUGGGGCUUGAACCUGUGAAUGUCUGCUCAGUAACCCAGAUGUUUUAAGCAGUAUGACACCAUUCUCCAACUCCAGUGCUUGCACUGUCCAACAGAAUUUGCCAGCAUUCAGAAUGAGCAGUGACAGCAGAGAGCUGGUCGACUCUGGAGAGGAAGAGGGGCCCAGAGAAGAGCUGGAGGAGGAAGAUGAGCCCAAACUGUGCCAAGUGUGUGGAGACAGUGCUACAGGUUACCACUUCAAUGCUCUGACCUGUGAAGGCUGUAAGGGUUUCUUCAGGCGGGCUAUGAAGGGUACACCUAAGUUCCGCUGUGCGCUCGAGAACAAAUGCGUCAUCACCAAGAGUAACCGACGUCAGUGCCAGUCCUGCCGUCUACAGAAGUGCCUCUCAAUUGGCAUGUUGAAGGAGUUAAUCAUGUCAGAUGAAGCUGUAGAGAAACGGAGGAUGCUCAUUCGCAGGAAAAGGAUGACCGAGGAACCUACUAUGCUCACGCAAGAACAAGAAGCUACCAUUGAGGAGCUACUCCUGGCUCAAAAAAAAACAUUCAACAUGGCAUUCUCUGACUUCAGCCAGUUCCGGCCGCUUGACCGUGAUGUUGAAAACAUCAAGGAGCCUUCAUCCAGCCACCAACUUUCUUCUACGGCAGAGAGACAGGAGGAGGUAGAAGGGCUCAUAGAGAAAGGCAUCAGGCAUGGCUCCACUGCCAGGACACUCCAAAGCGAGGAGGAAGAUAAUACCAGUACACAAAGAAAGUUCAAGUUCACCAACCUCCCUCACAUUACAGAUCUCAGCACGUACAUGAUCCAGAACGUCAUCAGCUACGCCAAACUCAUCAAAACCUUCAGAGCUCUGACAAUCGAGGAUCAGAUCUCAUUGCUGAAAGGUUCUACAUUCGAAAUCGUCCAAAUGCGCUUCAACAUGCUGUUUAAUGAAAAGACAGGGGUUUGGGAAUGCGGCUCGCUGAAGUACUGCAUGAACGAUGCGCAGCGCGCUGGUUUUCAGCGCCACCUGUUGGACCCUCUCCUGAAGUUCCAUUACACACUGCGCAAGCUGCACUUACACGAGGAAGAGUAUGUCCUAAUGCAGGCGAUUUCACUCUUCUCCCCAGACCGGCCGGGUGUGAUGGAUCACAAAGUGAUCGAUGAGCUUCAGGAGAGAUUCGCUCUCACACUAAAGGCCUACAUCAGCGUGAAUCGGAGCGGCCGUGAGAGACAAUUGCUGUUCCCAAAAAUCAUGGCUUGCUUGACUGAAAUGAGGAGUAUGAAUGAGGAACACACUAAACAGGUGCUGCAGAUUCAGGACAUCCAGCCGGAAAUGUCUCCUCUCAUACUGGAGCUCGUGAGCAGACAAUACUGAACCUUGUACCAAAGCUCACACAUAAGAACAGACAGCAGCAAGAACAUCUGAUCCCUCACGCUGAAGUCGCUCCGUUUCUCUGGAUGUCUUUAGUAGAGCUGGACGAAUCAGUUCAGGCGAUGUGCUAAUGCAGCAUUCAUGCAGCUUUACCUUGAGUCGGUUCAAAUGUUACUCAAGCGUGUACGUCUUAAAAAGGUACACUGUAGAGUGAGGAACACGAAUCGUGAUGUCACAAGCCAGUGUAUUUUUUUUUCUUUGUAAUUAUUCUAAGAUUAACUCAGAAGGGUCUGUAUUGGCUAAUGAUAUUAUGACCCGUGUGAACAAUGACCACUAAGCUCUAAAUUACAGGGAAAGGUUUGACUAACCUACAAACAUCAUUUGUAUCAAAUGACCUCAAAGAAAAUAUUCUCUUAAUAAUUCUCUAAAGAAGCACCGGACCUAUGUUAGCGAUCGUUGGUAGUCCAUUAGGUUCGGAUAAAGGCUGUGUGGGAGUGGAAUGUGGAACAAACUCAUUUCUACACAUCUACAAGCAAGUCCUCUGCCUUGUGAAGGUGCAACUAAAGGUAGGGGCGGAGCUUGUGUGGGUGGAGAAUAGCCUGUGUGUUUAAUGUCCAUUUUUAUCGAAUGACCUCAUUUGUUCUGCAGCAGAUGUUAAAAGCGCACAGGAAGUGCAGGAAACCGGAGGGGCCUUUAGAGGGGAAACUGUUGAUGCAACGUGACGUUACUUCUUUUUGCAAUGCAUGUGCAUAUUAUUGGCCUUGUGAGAUUACUAUGUGAAGAUACAAGCAGAUGAAAUGACACUUAAUCUGAGCCAAAAGACAAUUAGAUAUUCCACCAGAGCCAUGCACGAUUGACUAGAAUAACAUCUCAAGACUCACUAAACCUAACCCUAAAAUAUAUUGGCUCCUUUAUACUGUACAUGGUCCAGGGAUGGAGCUGGACCUGAUCUAACUCCUUCUGUAAGCUUAAUUCUAACCCCUACACACACACAGAGACUUUCAUCAUUUUGCAGACCUUUUAUCCAAAGCGACUUACAAAUAAUGAAAUAAAAGCAAAGUGAUUCAAGUGCAAAGAGUUAAGUGCAGGAGGUUCAGAGUUCACACAGUAGACAAGGUGUUUCUUUUUUUUUUUUUUUUUGGAGUUUGGAAGUGGUGGGGUUAGUUACAAUAAGUGUUCAUGAAAAAGGUGGAUCUUUAACUAUUUUUAAAGAUGGAUAUUGUUCCAGAUUGAGGUUAGAAGAUCAUUCCACCACUGAAGGACAUUCAGGUGGAAGGUUCUGGAAAGGAGCCUCGUGCCUCACUGAGUAAAAAUGACAAGUGUCGGUUAACUGCAGGUUGUGGGUGGGAAUGUAAACCUCAAACCUCUCUCUCUCUCACAUACACACACACACACACACACACACACACACAAUAUUACUUAUCCAGCCUGAAACGCCAGACAAACUGCAUAGCUAUAUCUACAUUGUAGUUGGUAAUUGUGUUUCUACAAAAUAACCUCUGUAGUAGUUACCUGGUAACAUGACUACAUGUAGCUCUGAGGUUGCUGCUACUAAUACAAUAAUUCAAUAUAUAUUCAAUAUAAGCUCCGCGGACAUUAGUCACACCCACUCACCACAGAGGUAUUGUAAUGGCAGUAGGUUGUGCUACGUUGUAGAUUACUGUAAGUAGCUUAGUUUUAAAGCACAUAAGUGGUUUGUUGGCUCAACUCUAAGGAUUACUUUUACUCAGUCUGAUCGAAAGUGUUUGGGAUUUCACUAACCAGCAGAGAAAACACACCAAACUCAGUCACUGGUUUGAGUCUGUAAGUUUUGUGAUUUCCUGUAGAGAUCCUUUUUGUGAGAUCCUGUAGUAGGAGAGAAACACAAUCACAUUAUUUUAUUACUCCAAAUCUCAGUAUCUAUAUUCAGAUGUAACCUGAUGUGGGCGUGACCUAAACCGCACAGUAGAAACCCCUGCACGCAGUCAGCACUGUACGGCAUGGGAGUUCCUGCUUCGACAGUUUAUCAACCUCAGCAACAUCGCACAACUUUAUAAUUAGUCUCUAUUAGAGAUGUGUGAAACAGGACUGUUUUUUUUCUUUCAUUUAUUAAGUUCCACAUACUUUGCAUCUGCUUGAAAAGUUUUCUAAUGAAUUGAGUUGGUUCUUUUUGCCAAAAUAUAAACAGAUUACUAUCCUAAUUUAAACCAGAGUGACCCUGACCAGGAAGAUACUAAGGAUGAUGUACGUGUAUCAUGCAGCACUGUACAUUCCCAUUAAUAAUCACAGUCAUUCUUUGUCCCACAGGCUUCAUAUCUAACUGCAUGCUUCUACAGGAAAGUAAAAAAAGCUCUUAAAAACUUAAGGAAAACUCAGAAAUACAAUAAAUAAAAUUAAAAGCUGGAACAUUAUUGAACACAUUCAAAAAACGUGUCUAAUAUUUAAACACAUGGAUCAGGUUAAUAAAACAAUCCCAUACUGA